AUGCAGGCGCUGGGCUGUGUGCUCCUCUUCCUCGCGGUGCAGCAGAUGGUGCCGGCAUAUUCAGAGGGUACCUGGUGCUACGACUCCCAGGACCCAAAGUGUGGAUCUACCCUAUGGACCCUAGACCUUGUUCCCUUAGGCCCCACUCACUGGAAGGAGUUAGCCCCUGCUUGUGGAGGCCCAACCCAGUCACCCAUCAACAUCGACCUUCACCUGGUUCAGAAGGACUCUACUCUUCAGCCCUUCAUCUUUCAAGGCUACAACUUGGCACCUCCAGGCCCUUGGUCCUUGGAGAAUGAUGGUCAUACAGUGCUACUCCACAUGGACACUGGUCUGCAGAAUGGCCUGGAGAUUUGGGGAGCUGGGCUGCCACCACCUGCCUACCGAGCUCUUCAGCUGCACUUUCACUGGGGGGCCCCAGGGCAUACUGGCUCAGAGCACAGCCUGGAUGGACAGCGCUACUCCAUGGAGAUGCACAUUGUCCACAUAAAUAAAAAGUACCAGAGCAUGGAGGAGGCACGACGUCACCCUGAUGGUCUCGCAGUGCUGGCAGUGCUGUUGGCGGAGCAGGACCAGGACAAUGCCAACUUCUCUGCUAUUGUGUUGGGCUUGAAAAAUGUGUCUAUACCUGGUGUCUCAGUGAAUAUGACAUCCACCUUUCCAUUGUCCUCACUGUUGCCAAGCCCCUUGGGGCUUUUGCGAUACUAUCGCUACUCUGGGUCACUGACUACGCCCGGCUGUGAGCCUUCUGUGCUCUGGACGGUCUUCGAGAAUGCUGUACCUAUUGGACGUGUGCAGGUGGGGUCACUGCCCCUACCCUGGGCCAGGUUGCCUACUUCCGAUGGCUUCAACCCUCCCCUGCUUGCCCUACUCCCACCCCAUCUUAACCCAUCUUUUUUCCCCCUGAACACUCAGGUAGCCCAGUUCCAGACUGUGCCCCAGGCUGGGAUGCUGGGCUUGCACCCUGAACCACUCACGGAUAAUUUCCGCCCUCUGCAACCUCUUGGAGGGCGCAGCAUCUUGGCCUCCCCCAAAGCCUCUAUUCGAGCAGCAGCUCCACCAGGAUCCCCCAUCCUGGCUGGUGUUCACAGGGCUCUGCUGGUCCUGGGGCUCAGCCUGGUGGUCUGGCAGGACCCCUAGAAUUCAAGUAUGACUUCCCUCUCACAAUAAACAAUGCACAGUGACUCUGGCCUAAUGUGAAUGGAGUGGGGAGACCUAAGGUGAGCUGCCUCCCUCCAUGGGACUCCUGCCCUAACCCCACUGAGGCCUCAGAGGAUCUAUCCAUACAACUGGGAGAUCACUGAGUGACCUCUCCCUACCCCACCACAGCCAGUCUCAGUAUCCUCUUGUAGAACCCCAGACUGAUCCCCAGAUCCCUCUCAGAGAGAAGGGGUCUCCACUCCCAGUCUACAUUUCCUAUAUGAAAAGUUAGCACAUCUUAGAAAUGCCACUUUUAGCCAAGAUUACACAUUUUAUUAAAAUUCAAUCUGGGUGAUCAACCUGAGAACACUGUACCCAGUUAAAUGAUAACCCCAGCUGAGGUUUCCCAAGACCAGUAGGUAAGAAAUUGCUGGUUCCAGGUUCUGCUGUAGCUGGAAUGGUUUGGUGGAUCCUGGUGACAUAAAAACUAGUAAAGAGUUGUCUGGCCACCAUGAAGCCUCACACUGGUGACACUCUCUAAAGUUAGACUAUGGAGUCUUGAUUGUAGGGUGACAUUUUCUAGAGAGACAAUAGUGUCCAGGCAACUGUGGCUAGACUAAGUGAGGGGUAAGUGUCCUUGGUGUCUCUGUCCAAAGCAAAGCUGAGUCCAAGCGAUACUGACUGGAUGAGAUUAUCCAAGUGAUGCUAUCCAGUAAGACAGGGCCUGGUUGUUAGUGGAGCAAGGCUAGCCAGAGUCAGGAUGCUGUCCAGUUGAUAUGUGGGAAUGUGGAGGAAAUAGAUGAUAGAUAGAUAAAUGAUAAAUGACAGAUAAAUAGUACAUUUUUCUCAGUGGUACUGUCCAGGUCACAAUGUCUUAACCAUCCAGGUGUCCUUGGAGUCUAUUGCAUAGUGGUGUGUGUAGGGGACUCUAUUUCAGUGCAUGGAGGCUCUGCCUUCUCCCUAAGACGUUUAAAGAAAAAGAAUAUGCAGUCUCCUCCCCUGCAGGUAGGGAAGUUAGGUUGUAGACUCCAGGGUUUCUGGUUGCCCCUCUGGAGGCUGACAUACCCUGGCCCAGAUCCUUCCCCUGCAUCCCCCGCCCCUCGCCCACUUUCUUCUUAUUAUUAUUCUUUCUAUGUGCUGGGGAUCGAUCCCAGGACCUUGCACAUAUUAAACAAGCACUCUACCACUGAGCUACGCCCCCAGCCCCCUUCCCCUACUUUAAGGCCCAAAGGGGUCUACCAGCCCUUUCCAGUCCAGACUGUCCGCAGCGGUGAUUGUCCGCAGCGGUGAUUAUCCGGAGCUAUCCACCCUUUGCAGACUAUGAUCCUGGGCAGUCCCUACCCUCCGCCGCCCACCCUCCAAAUAACCGCAUUCGUUGGCGGUUAUUGGUUGCUUGCGGACUCUUCUCGCUAAGAAAUACACUCCAAGAGGAGAUCAGAUCUCUACCUUGGCCUCCUUCGGCUAGAGGCGAUUCCUGCACUUCCCUGGGCCGCCCUCAGGUGCGGACGCCCUCAAUCUCCGCCACCUUGAGGGGCCGCUGGCUGCGCGGGAGUUUUCUUGUGGUUCUUUCGGGCAGGAAUUCGGUCUUCCGCAGCGCCAUCGGGGAAGUCGUUGGUCGGCCUGGAAGCCACAACCAAGGCGUUCACAGUGCCUAGCGCCCGCAGCAGGGCUGGGGCUCGGGAUCCUGCCCGCGGGACAGCACGGGGCUCGCGGCGGGCGGGUGGUGGUGACCGUGGCGGCGGCAGCAGCGCUCGCAGGGCGUCCAGCUCCGCCCGAAGCUCAGCGCGCAGCGCCUCCAGCCCGGUACUCAGCUCCGCCCGCACUGCCGCCAGGCCCUCCUGCAGCCGCCGCUCGCUCACUUCAAGGACGCCGGCCGGGUAGGUGGCCCCACCGCGCGGCUCCCCGCACACGGAACACACUGAACCACUGCUGCGCGCUUCGAUCCUCUCGCCAGUCCCCCCGGCUCCGGCUCCGGUCCCCGCAGCCCCGGCCCCAGCGCGCUCCACCAGCCGUAGUAGUCGCGGUGCCUCGGCCCGUGCCGCAGCUUGGGCUCGGAGCUGGCCGCGCAAACGAGCCAGGCGGCCUGGGACUCGAACGACUUCAGAGACUGGCCCAUUGGGCUGCGACCCUGGGUCCCGCCGGCGGCCAGCGCCUUGUUUCAGCGCUUCACUCGCGCCAUACGCGUUGCGCGCCUGAGCCCAAGAACGCCCGGACUCUGCAGCCAUCCGCACGCUGUCUCCACCACUACUGCCAGCACUAGGCCUGGCUGGGAGCCCCAGCGUGCAGCCUAGCAACCGCAGGGCCCCAGCGACAAGCGGUGGAGAGGGCUCCUGGGACAGCUGUGGGAAUGACAGAAAUCUCUAGGGAUACGGCCUGGGGCCUGGGGAACCCGCAUAGAGUUGGGCCCAGGACGGCUGGGGUUCCAAGGGAGCCUUGGGGCGGGGUGGCGGGGAGGUGGUGCCAGUGGGCAUGAUUGUGCUGGACUUUUCCGCAGGGACUAUGAUGAUGUGGGUUACCACAUGAGGCUUGGGCUGGCUUCUGGGUAGAGGUGACACUGCAGAAGCCCAGGCAACCCCAGACCAGAAGCAGAAAUCAAGCUCACAUAUUCUAUUGGAAGUUACUGCCCUCAUCACAGCUGGGGGAAACCUGAGUUUUUGUUCAUGGACCCCAUGCCCUCCUCACUGGCUCAGGGUUACCUGCUUCCACGUCAUAGUCCAGACCACACUUAUCUCUGAAUUCUGUGCCCUACCCACACAUAGCCCUUGUUUUGGGCAUCUCCAGCCAAUCUUCUACCCCUCCUUUCAACUUCUUCAUGGUCUUCCAUGCUCCCAGAUGUGCCUCAGCCCUCACUAAGGCUGCUGAAGUCCCCGCCCAUCUCAUACAGUGUCCUAGUCAUAUCUUUUUUAACCUCUUCUAAACCAACUUUCUUUGCCCUUUUGGGCCUGUGCAUAGGCCCCUGUUCCCCAUUUGCCUAGCAGUUCCCACUUAUCCCUCUUGAGCAGGGAAGCAGGGAAGCCUACCCCAUGCCAGGUAACUCAACACCCCCACCCCCACCUCUGGACAGCAUACUUUUCAGCUGGUGUUUGUUUGCUUAUUUUUAAGCCAUGUGUAUUCUAUGUUGCUCAGGCAACUCCUGGAUUCAAGUAAUCCUCGUGCCUUAGCCUUCAGAGUAGAUGAGACUACAGGUGCACACCAUGGCACACAGCUCAUAGACAAUUAUUUUUAAAUGACUUUCUGACGUCCCAUAGUGGGGUCCUGGAACCAGAAAGGGAUUAUCUUCUCCUGGGCAGAGUCUGACCCAGGAUGAGGUCCUCCAUGUUGCUACACAUGCUGAAUGUUGGAUGAAGAAACAAAUGGAUGAAUGAAUGAAGUUGGGAUCCUCUCCCUAUUUACAAUAAAUAAGGAACUGAGGGAAGGGCCGGGGCUGUAGCUCAGUGGCAGAGUGCUUGUCUUGCACAUAUGAGGUACUAAGUUUGAUCCUUAGCACCACCUAAAAAUAAACAAAUAAAAUAAAGACA